CCCGCGCUCACCGUCUGGCACUCAUCAAUCGACAAAGAUGACACACGACUCCGUUUGGUUUUCCAGGCCUCGCAAGUACGGCAAAGGCAGCAGGCAAUGCCGCGUCUGCGCCCAUCAGGCAGGUUUGAUACGCAAGUAUGGACUGGACAUUUGCAGGCAGUGUUUUAGGGAGAAGUCGAAGGAUAUCGGGUUUGUAAAGAACCGAUAAACGCAUCCACAUACCCGUCGCGGCCUUCGAGAGCCGGAGUCAGUCGGGGAAAAGAGCCUCUACAGGUCGAUGGAGGGGACACACUAGCUAUAGAGCCGAGUCAGAGUCGUGUGCUCUAUAUGUCAUGGCAUGCAUUUCCAUUUCGUUUCGC